AUGUACGUACAACGUAAAUACGUAGUCGUGGAACAACCGCCAAGCAUCAACAAUGUGUUUACUCUUGCAUCUGGAGAAAGAAUCGCGCAAACCUAUGAUUGUGAUGAUAGUUGUUGCGGCUUCGGUUCGAAAUACUCUGUUAUAUUAACCGAUGGAAGGAUUAUUCAACGAGAAGAGCAACGACGAUGCGGUUGUACAUGUGGACGCGUUGAUUCAAUGUUCUUUUUAUCCGAUAUCAGUGGCAUCACAGACAAAGCUCAUUCGAUAACAUCGAAUUCAAGCUUACGCACUAAGGAAAACGUUGGCUGUUUUUAUUGUGAAUGGACAGGUCGGAGAGACAAGUUAGCCUCACAUACCAAUACAUAUCAUCCCGGUUUUAAAGUUCGAGUCGGAGUCGCUGCAAAUGCUCUAUCUACUUUCUGGAAACAAAAACCGAUACCACUCACUACAGACCAGGUUGAGAAGCGAACGAAUGUCAACGAAGUGAACGAUGAUUUAUCUACUUUCGAUCAAACACAAACGACAGCAACUUCUACAUUCACCUCGCCUGUCACAACAACUUCUGCAUUUACCUCACCUGUUGCAAUAACUUCUGCAUUUACCUCACCUGUUGCAAUAACUUCUGCAUUUACCUCACCUGUUGCAAUAACUUCUGCAUUUACCUCACCUGUUACAACGCCUGUCAUACCUUCGUCUUUCUCGCCAUCAAAUGAGCACCAAUUUCAACAGCAACUGCUUUAUAUGAGCGAACAACUUUCGAACUUGAGCACCAAGUUUGAUAGUUUACUUGGCACAAAAGGUUCAAUUUCAAACACUAAGCAAGCUAACGAAGCGGAAGAAUUAGACGUUAUACUCAGUGAAAUCAAAAGUUCAGACGAUCUAUACAAAAUGAAAAGUUUUGAAAUCAACUCGCAGAUGGAACUUAUGACGUGUUUACCCUGUUCAAAGCACAAAACGAAUGCACCAAAACAACUUCAAUCAACAAUAAAAUCGUCAUUCGGCGUAUUUAAAUUUAUUGAGCAAGAUGGAGGCUACAAUCAAACUCAAAGAUUUCGUGACUUGAAAAAAAACAUAAGAUUUCAUCUUUCAAAUAGCUUGCAUAUAUGGUGUACGAGAGAAGCUCAAAAGGAACAAGAAGAAAUCGAUGAUCUCAUGAGAAAGAAUGACAGAGCUGGGUACAAUAUCGGGAGAAUCGCAUUAUUCUGUAUUCGCACUGGACUAGGUGGUUUGAAGUUUGUUGAAACUAUUAACUUGAUUGAUUUGUGUGGUGGUACUGUUGGAAAUUACAGACAUAGUCGAUAUAUAUAUAAUAGGUUACGAAAUGUUAUGGCAGAGGAGAUGAAAUUAAAAAUUAUAGAAUACUUGGCUCGCGUGGAUCCGAUUACUAAACACCCUCUUCCAUUUGGCAUUACUUUCGACAAAGUAACUCUUUUGAAGCGAUCUAUUCAGACAACGCUACUUAUCACAUUUGUGGAUGGCGUUUUAACGCCAAUAUAUUUACAAUUACCACUUUGCAAGACAGAGAUAAGCGGACAGGAUCUAGCCGAUAAUUGCAUUCACGUGAUGAACUCUUUUGGUUUAACCAAAAAAAUAUUGCAACAACAGCUCUCUGGGUGUGCUGUUGAUGGAGCAUACAUACAUCUAAAUAUUGAAAAACACAUAUCAUCUGCUCUCGAAAUGAAUCCGGAGUGGUUGACUAUAUCGUGGGACUGCGCACAUUUAUUGGAGCUUGCUAUUAAUGAUGUCAAACGUCAACGAAAGUUUGUUUGGAUAAACAAUUUCAUCAAGCUGUGUGCAGCACUGAUGAGAAAAUAUUCAUAUGGAAAGCAGUAUGAAAUACUGCUCGAAACUGCGGAAUAUCUUGGUGAGGAUAUCUUAGCCCCAAAACAAUUCCACACAACACGUUUUGUUAGUUCCGAAAGACGAGUUUAUGAAACCAUCUUACGAGAUUGGAGAUCUAUGCAUGAAAUACAGGAGAAAGAGGAUCAGUUGAAUGCUUUAUCACAUGGCAAUGUGAGUACAAGAACCAGACGUACUUACGCUAUCUCUCAUUCAGGGGCUGAUGAUGAAAUUACUUUUAAACUUGAUGAUAUUUCUUCGAUCGAUUUUGUUGGAAAACUUCUAGGUCUUAACGACAUUUACUCUUUGAUCGUUAAAUCUUCGCUGUCCAUUCAAAUGGUGAACGCUUUUCCCUGGGAGUACACGUACGCGUUAGAAAAGCUGAAGAAAUCUCUAUCUGCAUAUGCGGAAGAAGUAGACAAACUGUCCAACGAUUUGAACAACACACAGGAAAUGCUAGAAGUGGAUGAGAUUUCCUUUGCUACUCGGAAAGCUCUUUUAAAUGAAGAUGAAGAAGACGAAGAACGAGAGUUUCCACAGAAAGAAAAUGAAGAAUUCGGGGAAGUGACAUUAACAUCAACACACUUAUCUUCGAACUAUAAUGAUCUGCUUCGUGGAGAAUACCAAGGGAGACCAGUCAUACGCAAAGCUGUUGAACACGAGUUAGAUGAUCCUACAAUCUACUUGAGAGAGAAAUUAAUUGAUUUUUGUGGAGCAUUGUGUACUUCAAUCGAUGAUCGAUUCAAAGAAAUCCCGGCUAUAUUUGAAACAAUGGCUAAUUGUCUUGAUGUUGCAGCGCUGUAUCAACAAGUGGUUACAGAGAAAAAGGAGGAUGUGUUCCAGUAUGGACAGUCAUCGUUUCAAACUCUACUCGAGUUUACGAAGUACAAUUCAAAAUAUAUCCAGCUUGACGAUAUUUUACUCAACGAUCAAUAUCUGAUGUGGAAGCAAAGAUGUUUGGAAGAAUUGAAAGAUAGAGAAAAUUGGAAUGUUUGGACAAAAGAUAAUAGAAUUGCCACGACAAAAGUAAUGAAAUCUUUCUUCACAAACAAAUAUUUGGCCAAUGGCAUUGAACAGUUUCUAUAUUUCUAUUCUUUGAUGGUUGUUAAGAUCAGAAGCGAAGCUGUCUGCGAAAGUGCUGCUUCAAUCUUAAAACAACAUAUUCAUAGCAAUCGAGUUCUGGAUCACGAAUCCUUAGACGAAGAAGUGAUGUUACAUUGGAACGCACCACCGCUUCAUCUGGCUGAUCCAUUCAUCAAAUCUUCCCUCGAUAACUACUUCAUUCAAUUAAAAGAUAAAAACUGGACUUUUUUCAAAAAAACAGGCCAUUAUCGUCUAUUCAAACUAGUUUCUCCUGGUUCAAUUGUUUUGAACCGCCUAAGAAAAGAACAAAUAGAAAGAAUCCCUAUGUUAUACAAAUGA